AUGCGCGGUGAGGGUCGGUGUGGGAAAGCCCGAGGCCGCGGUUUGCUGGCGAGGGCAAAGGCUGAACCUGAAGUCCGGAGCCAGAAGCGGCGCCCGGGGGGUUUCCUGGAGAGGCGGGAGGGAAAGGGCGGGACACCGGCAGCGGCGGCGCCUCUGAUUGGCUUAAAGUUUCAGGAGCGGCGGGAAGGAGUGUAUGUGUGUGAAAGGGGCGAAUUCCCCCUUUCUCAACUGCAGCCCACCGAGAAGGGCGGGGGUCUGAGAACGCUCCGCCUCCGGCAGCCAGCCAAUGGGUGCGCCCCCAGCCCAGUGAGCGACACUUCGGACAAGGAAGUUCCUUGUAGAUAUUCUAUCCCGGAGCCGUCUGGAGGCCACUCAAGGCUGUGUUCCGCGCGUGCGGCAGCGCUGUCCUGCAUCCGCAACAAGCUCAGCCUUCAAGGACCCCACAGACCCCGUGCAGGGGGGAGGAGAGCCAUCCUGGCCCCUAUGUUGCUCGACAUUAGGUCCCCCCAGCGAUUGGUGACAUUCCAGGAUGUGGCUGUGGACUUCACCCGGGAGGAGUGGGGCCUCCUGGACCCCUCCCAGAAGGAGCUUUACUGGGACGUGAUGCUGGAGAACUACAGGAACCUGGUCUUCCUGGGUCUUGUGGAGUCCAAUGGAGACAGGAUCUCUCACCCAGAAUCAGGGAGAGUACAUGGGAUUCCAGUGGAUAGUGUCUCAAGAGCUUGCUGGUUAGGUGAGUGAGUG